UCGUCUCUAGUUUCAGUGGUAGGAGCCUGGGUUUGCUACGCUGCCAGCAUGAGGGCUUUGCUAAUCCUGGGGUUUCUCCUCCUGCACCUGGCUGCUCAUGGGAAGAUCUACGAAAGGUGUGAGCUGGCAAGAGCAAUGAAAAGGCUUGGGCUGGAUGGAUACCAAGGCUACAGCUUGGGACACUGGGUGUGCACAGCAAGAUACGAGAGCGCCUUUAACACAGAUGCCACGAACUACAACCCUGGUGACCAAAGCACUGACUAUGGGAUUUUACAAAUCAACAGCCGCUGGUGGUGCAAUGAUAGCAUGACUCCAGGAGCCAAGAACGCAUGUGGAAUCCAGUGUGGUGAGUUACUGACAGCAGAUAUUACAGCGAAUGUAAAUUGUGCAAAGAGAGUUGUUCGCGAUCCUAAUGGCAUGGGUGCAUGGGUGGCAUGGACAAAGAACUGCAAAGGACGAGAUGUCUCCCCGUGGAUCCGUGGCUGCGGGCUAUAAAGUUAUGGGGUUUACUGCAUCUUGGUUCCCUUAUAAUUAAGGAGCUUUUCACAUGCAGCAAAAUAUUCCCUCUUCUUGCUUCCCUUUUACAAUUAAUCAUGUUCAAAA